AUGCCGCUGCAAGUCCUACUUCUGCAAGACAACAUGCUUCUCAGUCUGCCAAAGGAGAUCGGGAAGAUGACGACACUGGCUGAGCUGGACGCGUCGAACAAUAGGCUCACACAAGUACCUAUGACCCUUGGAGACUGCACUGGUCUGCGGUGCCUCAACUUGAGCAAUAAUCAGCUAGGACUUUUGCCAUUACAAAUCACAUACCUCCGCCUGGAACACCUAGAUGUAAGCUGCAAUUGUAUAUCGUCGUUGCCUUUGGAGCUUCGUAAUAUGUCUACUAUCAUCACAUUGAACCUGGACAACAACCCCUUAGUCUCACCGCCUACUACUAUUUGCAUGCGCGGACGCGUACACAUAUUCAAGUACUUGGACAACAUGGCAAAUAAAGACUCGCUCACUCACAGACGAGUGGAGGAAACGCGUCGUGGCACAAAACACACGUCGUUCAAUUCGCCAGGACAGGGGCAGAUCACGUCUGGCAACGCGACUAUAGACUGCCUAAGACACAAGCCCCGCCACGUCGUUGACAGCGGCUACAGCACAGAUGGCGUUGAUAAGCGAUGGUCCAAUGAUGCUGGUGGCGAAGGCGGCGGUGGAUCAGGCCGGUCUACACCUAGCACUCCCUCCACGUUAUCACCGGGCGCAGCCCUAUCUAGGGCGCAGUCUCUCUCUAGCGAAUCUCCUUUAGCCCCGCUGACUCCUAUUCUGACAGGCAUCCGUAUAUCACCCGAAGGGAACGGCGAGGAUAAGAGUAAAUUAGCACAUCAACAGACGUACAGACAGUACAAAGAAGCACUAAGACAGCAACGGCAGCAGGACGUGUACCGUCCCCGCACCGACCAGCCCUCGCCCGAACUAGACUCCUCCCCGCAAUCCCAGAACCAAAGCCCCGUGCACUUCCAAAAAUCCAACUCGCCCGUGAACGGAUACAGUAACGUAUCGUUCCAAAAUGGCGGUGAAAAAAUUGAAGAGAACAAGCGGCCCGUGCAGAAGGUGGUGCCAUCGCGUAACGUGACAAAGACCUUCACCCCGGUCAACGUGAACGUAGAUUACGCGCGCGUAAACGGCGACGCAGUUUACUCAAAACCAACAUCACCCACCAAAUCCCCAACAAAUACGUUAGGCUAUAAAUCAACUCUGCCGCGUCAAAACGGCGAUGCGAAACUGUUAACAACAUCGGUGUCGUAUUUGAAAGGUGGGGCCAAAGCACCGAGUAAGAUGGCGUGGAAUAACGCGGUGCCAGAUAAGCUCAGUUUCACGAUGAAGAGGGAAUUUGAUAAGCAAAAGGAAGAGUUGGAUCUGCUGCAUCAGUUGAGAUCGAUAAUUGAAAGCCGACUAAAAAUGUCGCUACCAGAACAGUUGGCGCCAGUUUUAGCGGAUGGCGUGGUAUUAUGUCAUCUCGCCAAUCAAUUGCGGCCGCGUUCCGUCGCAUCGGUGCACGUACCCUCGCCCGCACAGCCCAAAUUAACAAUGGCGAGGUGUAGAAGGAACGUGGACAAUUUUCUGGAGGCUUGUCGAAAGAUUGGCGUAGAGGAGGACGCGAUCUGCUCGCCAGAGGACAUACUGUGCCACCAUCCAGACCUGGCCAUGGGCGAGCAUUCGGUACUGCCUCUAACGUGCACAAUCACCUCGCUCCUGGAACACGCCCAUCGAAGCUCGCCUAAUGAAUCGAUUAAUCGAUCGUACGAUUCUACGGAUAUCGCGGAAUCGAUCGAAGUGAAUUACGAACGCCGCGGCAGAUACAAUGAGGACAGGUACAUCGCUAACUUUAACUCGUGUGACGCCUUCGACGAGAACGACGAAGACGGAACGGAGGAGGAGUUUUACGCGAACGAGUUGAGGUCCAGAGGGCCGUACUACAAUAGGAUACAGUUUGUCACACCCUUCAAAGCGGAUGGUAUUCUUAAAGGAGAGACUUAUGAGAUUCUGGACACUGAUGAAGUGGACUUUCCGAUUGAUCCCCGCGAAAACCUAGAGAGAUAUGACAGGCAGAAGAUGAACCUAGAUAUAGCCGAUAAUUUGAACGCCUCCGUUGAAACGGUCAAAGAGUUCGAGAAUCGUCUGUUCUUUACCAAGCUGAUGUGCUGUGCGGCUGAUGUUCUCGAGGGUAAAGGAACAGUGCAAGUAGCGAUAACCGUCACGGAGCUGGUGAGAAGACAUUCCGUCAUCAAGGAGGCGCUGUCACCCAGUUCGAUACCGAUCGCCACUCCCCCCACCUAG